AUGAAGAGACUUGCUCGAGCCCUUGCAGUUCGCUCCAAGUAUGACUGUGGUGUCGGCUACAGGGUGGAUGGUAUGACGGCUCUUGCUUUGCUGCUACGUCGGCUCGCCUUUCCCUGUCGACUCAAGGACCUCUUGCGGCUCUUUCGACUGAAGUGGUCGGUGACAAAAGUUGGACGAGUCAUACACGCUAUUGCGGGAGACCUGGCGCGCCGCUUCGGGCCCAAGGUACAGCUUAGCCAGGCGCUCUUCAAAGACGCGGACAUUUAUGCGAAGGCCAUCGCAAGACAGCUUGCGGUUAAAGGCAUGAGAAACCCUCCAAGGGAUCUGUGUGGAUUUGUUGAUGGAUCAAGGAUCGAGGUGUGUCGACCGAUGCGCAUGCAAGACGUCCUCUACUCCGGGUACAAGAAGAAUCACAACCUCCUAUACCAGAUCAUUGCCCUGCCAAAUGGCCUGAUCGUGUCCGCCAACGUGUUCCCAGGACGUUACAAUGAUGCCAAGGCAUCGUUUGUUUCUGAGCUCGAUGCACUUGUUCCGGCUGGGUAUCGGCUUCUGGCGGACUCUGGGUACGGGAAGUCAAGGAGUGUGCUUGCUUUGGAUCGGCCACAGCGCAAGAAGAAGGCCAACAAGCACCGCAUGCAAUCGCGUUCAACUGCCGCAGUCACUCGAGACAAUAACGACGAAAGCGUGCAGGACCAGGCGGAGACGGACCAACAUGGUGGUGCGUCGUCAACACAGGAGACACUUCGUCUUGCCCGUCAACGACGCGAUCGAAAGGCAUUGAGUAGUGUUCGCACUGCCGUUGAGGAUGUCAUUGGACAAUGGAAGGAGCACUUCAAGGCCAUGUACUACUCAAAGCAGCUACGCACGCUUGGAUCUCCCAAUUGCCUGGCGUGCCUCCAUCCAAACCUCGUGGCAAGGCGGUUUGGUGUUCCCCCGCCACCCCUUGAGUUAUAUCUGAGCGCGUGA